UUGAAUCCUCAAAACGAGCCUUUUUUUUAUUCCCUCUUCAAAAAAUCCCUCCUUUCUUCACAGCUUUUUUUAUCAGUCUAUCUCCGUAUCUUGUUUCUCCACCAUAAGAACCCUAGCCUUCAAAAUCCAAACCCUAUCUCUAAUACUCCCAAAGAUGGCCAAAAAGAAACAGUCCCGUCAAGCCAAAGACCACAAACAACAAAACCAAUCUCAAGAAACACAUGACCCUGUUAAAGAUUCAACCUUUACAGAAUCUUACAACCCUUUGAGUCGCCAAUCUUCCAUGGAAGAUCCUAAUGGGAAGCUUCAAAAUCUUAAGUCUCUGAACGCUUUGCUUCUCAAAGAGGCGGUUGAAAAGAGGCAACAGAUUGAAUCCUUGGUUCACGCCAAUGAAGCCCUUCAGGCUGAGUUGAGUGAAAGGAAGGGACUUGACGGUGAGGAGAGUGAGAAAAAUGUGAGCUUGGAGUUUCAACAUGGAUUGCUUUGGGUUUAUAUGAAUGCCCAAAUGAGGGAAAUGGGUGCUGGGAGUGAAAGGGAGAUUGGGGAGUUGAAGACUAAGGUGAAUGGACUAAUGGGUAGUCUUGAAAAUGAGAGUCAAAGGUUGAGUUUGGCUUGCAGAGAGAGAGAUUUAGCAAGGUAUGAUUUUGAGUUACAGGUUAAGGAGAGUAGUUUGAUGAAAGAGAAAUUGAUGAAAAUGGAGAAAAAGGAGAGAAAGUUUGUGGAAGAGAUAGAGAAACUGAAAGUGGGAUAUGAUAGGUUGGUUGGGGAGAAAGAGGAGUUGGAGAAAGUGAAGAGUUCGGUGGUGAAGGACAGAGAUGUAUUGGACAAAAACAUGCAGGAUAUGGUGAAGAAAGUUGAGAGUUUGAGAAGAGAAAUAGAAGCGGUUGUGAGGGAGAGGAAAGAGAUUGAGAUGGAGAAAAAUGAGCAAAGAGUGAAUAUUGAUCAGAUGGAAAAGGAAGUACGGCAAAUGAGUGAGGUUAUAAUGAGUUUGAGGAAAGAAGAGGGGAUUUUGCGGUCUAAAGUUUUUGAGUUGGAAAAGAAUUGUGGUGAGGCUAUGGAUAGGGAGGCUGAACGGGCAAUAGAGAUUGGUGCAUUGGUGGAAGAAAAAAGAGCAAAAGAAAGGAGUAUUGAGAGGUUAAGGGAGGAAAAGGAUUCAGUCUCAAAAUUGUUGGAAAUGACAAUGGUGGAGUCGGAUGAUAUGCAGAGAAGAAUUGAGUUGUUGUUGGGGGAAAGUGAUAUAACUAGAAGGGUUUUGGAAAUGAAGGAGAAGGAAUUAAACGAUCUGCAGAAGAAGAUUGAGGAAUUGGUUGGAGACAAAAUUGAGAUUGAAAAGGUCAAAACUAGUUGUGAGAAUGAAAAUGCUGAGUUGCGCAACAAAGUGAGUGAGCUGAGGAAUGUUGUGAAUAGGGUGCAAGAGGCAUGCGAGGAUCAUGAAAAGGAGAACAAAGAAUUGAUUUCUGAAGUUAGCCACUUUAGAGAUUCAUUUGAUCAAGUAACACUUGAGAGGGACAAUGCAUUGAAAGGAUUGGAUGAGGAAAAGCAGAAUGGUGUUAACUUGAGAACGAAGGUUUCGGAAUUGCAGAAGAUGCUUGAGAAAACUGCGGAAGAGCUGGCACAGAAGACGGCUGAGUGGCAGAACCUAAUCAAGGAAAAGCAGGAGAUGGAGAGUCACUUUGGAUCAAUGAGUGAAGACAAAGAUAAGUUGCAAAAGGAUCUUUUGGAGGCCUCGAGAAGUAUCAAUGAUUUGAGGGUUAAAAUGGAAUCAACCAGCAUUAAUUAUGAGCGAGCAUUGACUCUGUUGAAGAACACUGCUACACUGUUAUGUCAAUCUAAAAAUGAAAAUGAUCAAAAGGUGAAGGAAGAAGCUGCUAUUACUGAAAAGAAGCUUGAAGAUGAAAUUCAGCCAUAUGCAGCAGAAUUGGAGGCAAUCAAACAAGCAUUUAAGAAUAAAGAGACAACAGCUCAAGACUUGAAGCAGAAAGUUGAGUUCAUGGAGAUAGGUAUGGUGGAAGCACGAAAGAAAGAGAGUUUCUGGACUUUGGUAUCCUCAGCAACAACCCUUUUGGCAGCAAUAUCUGUCGCAUAUGCUGCAAGAGGACGUUGAGUCCUUUGGUUUAUUGGUUAAUUUUGUUUUAGCACAAGUUGUUUUUGCUUCUAGGAUUAACUGAGAAAACUCAAUGUGACAACAUGCUAUGUUGCUACUUUUGAA